UAGUCUGAGUGGUUCAGGAUCUGGACACGACGUUACUGAAAACUCUGAGAUCCCGGUCGAGAGAAGAGGCGGUCGUCGAUGGGUCCGGUGGGCGGAGCCUCGCUGUUGAAGCGAGGGAGGAGCGGGGGGGGCUCUGCUGAGGUGCUGGACCAGCAGAGCAGUAAGACUGCCCUGGACCAGGAGGUGGGGUCCAUCGUGAAGGCCUCGGUGGCUCCAGACUCCGGUGGGCAGAUCCUGGUGGUGGGGGGCAUCACCCAGGAGACCCCCACGCCCCCCUUCAAGACCAUCACCCAGGAGACCCCCACCCCCCCCAUCAAGACCAUCACCCAGGAGACCUCCACCCCCCCCGUCAGGACCAUCACCCAGGAGUGCGCUGUGUCUCUGGAAGCAGACCAGACGUCGGUGUGGCUUCCUGGAGAUGAGACGGUGCUUCAGCCAGAAACCGAAACCGCCGUCAGACCAGCUGAGAAGACCCUGAAACACGUCUUCCUCUCUAAAACUGUGAUCCGGCCGGAGACGUGCUUGCCGUGCGGGAAGAGGAUUCGCUUCGGGAAGAUGGCGCUGAAGUGCAGGAACUGUCGUUCAGUCGCUCAUCCAGAGUGCCGUCAGAAUCUCGUCGCUGGCUGCUCGGGGACGUCGAUGACGGGAAGUUCAGCCCAACAGGACUCGUUGGAGGGAUUUGCACCAGCGACCCAUCCCAGAGUCCCGCGGCUGAUCGUGGAGUGUGUGGCUGAGAUCGAGAGGAGGGGGCUGGAGGAGAGGGGGCUGUACCGGGUUCCCGGGGGCGAGCGGCUGGUGAAGGAGCUCCGGGACCGGUUCCUCCAGGGGAAGACCCCUCUCCUGCUCGGGAAGGUCCAGGACGUCCACGUGCUUUGUGGUCUGCUCAAAGACUUCCUGAGGAGACUGAAGGAGCCGCUGCUCACCUUCAGACUGCACCGCACCUUCAUGGACGCCUCAGAGCUGUCUGACGAAGACAACAGCACGGCCAUCAUGUACCAGGCCAUCGCAGAGCUGCCCAAGGCCAACAGGGAGACCCUGGCAUUCCUGAUGCUCCACCUGUACAAGGUGACGGCCAGUCCUCGGUGUCAGAUGGACCAGAACAACCUAGCCCGGGUGUUCGGCCCGACCAUUGUAGGACACGGCAUGGCUGAGCCGUCUCCGACCACCAUCAUGAGGGACACCAACACACAGCCCAAGGUGAUCUGCCGCUUGUUGUCCCUCCCUCAAGCUUUCUGGAGACGUGUCCUCUCCGUCCACAAUGAUCACAUCUCGUCCUCCAACACGGAGACAUACAGCAGCCAGGACCAGAGACGCGGUCAGCUGUUCAAGCCGCUGACGUCUCCUGAGAUGAACAGCUACAACAAAACUCACGUCAGAGGGUCGGUGAGACAGAGCCGUAACCAUAGCAACGCUUUCACCACCACCACAGGACGAACAGAACAAGGCAGGAAGUUCUUCACUUCACCCAGCUGAUCAGUGUGUGUGUGUGUGUGUGUGUGUGUGUGUGUGUGUGUGUGUGUGUGUGUGUGUGUGUGUGUGUGUGUGUGUGUGUGUGUGUGGUGUU